AAAAAUGUGCGUUGUUUGACUCAAGGUCGGAAGGUUGUUUCUAUGGAAUCUACAAACUAUGAUUGCAGUCAAUGGGCUCCUGUCACGAUGGUUUUUGCAUGCUUUUGGUGAAAUCAAAUAGUUCCAUGGUCUACCUACGUAAAAACUAACUGGUGCGCUUCUACUCAAACUUCUAUGUUGGUCUGACUAAAUUUCCGCAGGAAUCGGAAAUAUUACUUCUGUCCUGUGGCCCCACAUGCGGUGAAGUAUGCCGAAAACAUUAAAAGGUCUUGUUAGCCGUCAUAAGAAGCGUUUCCAACAGGAUGGAUUUGAUUUAGAUUUAAGUUAUAUAUCAAAUAAAAUUAUUGCAAUGGGGUUUCCUGCUGCUAAAUUGGAAGGUGUAUAUCGCAAUCACAUUGAUGAUGUUGUUCGUUUCCUGCAAACAAGACACGCUAAUCACUAUAAAAUUUAUCAUCUAUGUGAUGAAAGGGAUUUUAACGUUUAUCGUUUCGAUGGGCCUGUAGCAAAAUACCCAUUCUCCGAUCAUAACGCCCCACAAUUUGAACAGAUUAUUGCCUUAUGUGAAGAUGUAAAUGAAUUUCUAAGUCAAGACCCUGCAAAUGUUGUUGCAAUUAAUUGCAAAGCUGGAAAGGGAAGAACAGGUGUUAUGGUCUGUGCCUGUCUCCUUCGAUUGAAUGAUGUCUUGGAUGCAGAGGCAUCACUGAGAUUUUAUGGUGAACAAAGAACUGAUAAUGGAAAAGGAGUUACAAUUCCUAGUCAACGGCGUUAUGUACAUUAUUACGAUAUGUUCCUUAAAAAUAAUCUGGUAUAUCACAGGGUACCGCUUUUCCUAACAGCUGUGCGUAUUUGUGGAUUGCAAUGCUUACCAGGACUAAUAUUGGAUGUUCACUUUUACAUGUUUAAUUCUUCUCAUAUAUUUGGAAAAAGUUGUGAAUCAUCCUCCGUGAAAUCCCCUUCUCAUUCACCUUUACAACAAAAGAUAAUCACUUCGCCUGAACCCGAGGGGAAAAACAAUGUUGUGUACGACAGCCAAACACUUUCAUCCACUUUCCGAUCUCCAACAUCUGAACCUUAUGUCCCACCGUCCUUUAUGUAUGCAGUUGCAACACUACCUUCAGUACCUCUGCAUAAUGAAGUUCUUAUAAAACCUGACCAGAAGAUUCUACUUUCUGGUGAUGUUCGAGUGAAGUUCUACGCUAGACAUCAUGUGUUGAACAAAAAAAUAUGUCAGCUAUGGUUCAAUACAUACUUUGUGGUUCAUGGAAAAUCAUCUAACUGCAUAUCUGACUCCAAGGGAACAUUCGAAACUGGCCAUUGCACCUGUGCAUUUCCAUCACCAUCUCAAGGAUCACUACCGGGGUACUCAAUUUUAAAAUUAUCACUCCCCGAACUAGACAAAGCUUACAAGGGGAAGUCAAAAUUUUUAACAUCAGAUUGUAGUAUUACUUUGUACUUCACGUGUGCGUACUGUGCGGAAAGAAAAGAUAUCAGUCAACUGAGUUCAAGUGAUUCACUUCAGUCAUGCAUGAAACCUGCAACAUUAGAUUUGCCAACAAAUGAUAAUACUAAUAGUUGUGAUCAUCAUCAUAACAAUAAAUUCAUUUCACCUACAAAGCGAACAUUUGUACACUGGGCUACAUCUUUUACUCAUCCUUACUCACUAUCACCAUCAUUUAUGAAGUCUAAGAACUUUAAAAAGACAGCUGAUUCAUAUCGUGAAGGCGAUUUAGUUUCAAGACCUAAACUAAAAAUCGAUAAUGUAUCAUCCGAUUAUCAAGAUACAGAGUCAAAUGAUAAAAUUUCAACCGCCAGAUCAAAUCUUUUGUCUCCAAAUUAUCAAGCUGUAACAUCGUGUACAGUAGGAAUUCAUGGUCGUGAUAUUAGCUCUGAAGAUGAAGACGAUGACAGUGAAGAAGAACGCGAUAGUGAUUCUGAUAUAUACAUUGAAAAUAAAAAUAUCUUCCCUACUACUCCUCUAUGUCGUAGUACAAACAGUUCACCAUGUUUGAUUUAUCCCAAUAGAAACCUUUCUUUGCGACAUUGUAAAGCACAAAAAACACAGGUUUCAGUUGAACCGGAUCAAUCAACUCCUGAUAAUAAGAUGGUGAAAGCCAGCAAUGUAGAACAAACAAAAUCGGAAGCGUCUACUAUACAUUACUUUGUUAAACAUCCACAGUUAAGACGUCAAACAUCAGAUGCUAACUUAACCUAUCAACGUUUCAGUUAGAAUGAAUUAUAAAAAUGAAUGUGCUUCAUCGCAAGUUAAUGUGUAUAGAGAAGUAAACUCGUCAUCCUGUGAUGUAUAAUUUUGCUUUUUUUUUGCCCACUCAUUUGUAUAUGUGUACGUAAGACCUUCAGUUAUAUUCGAUGAUAUCAAAGCGAGAAUAAUAUGAACAGAAAAUCUGUUUCUUCCAGAGUAAUCUAAUAUUUGUGUACUCUCACUAUUAUUUGUAAAUAUGCCUCAAUUUUAGCUUUUGUAUGUAAGCUGAUGUAAUAAACACAACUAAUUUGGUUUCUUUUUGGCUCGAAUCCGGUCAAGUUUAAUACUUUUCUUGCAUAUAGUUAUGGUGAAUGGUAUUUAAUUUCAAUCACUUGUGUAGAUACAAUGGAAUCUUCAAAUAAAUUGACGUCUAAACGUUUUCAG